AUGUCUCUUUUAGGUAGCACCUUGUUGACAAGGGCCCUGGGCCUUGUCUGGGCAUCGGAUUCUAGCUCAGAUGGAGACUCCCUUCACCGUAGCACUGACUCUUCCAUAAGUGACGCCACUGAACAGGUUGAUCAGACCGAGGUCAAGACACUCAUGUGGCCUGGCGCAUCAAAACAACAUGUCUUGCAUGAGCUAUAUACCGAGAACAUAAUUGCAAAGACAAUCAGAACGGCGAUGAAGUCAGCCAAAUUUUUACCACAUGCAUUUCCCGAAUAUGUGCCCCAAGAGGGACCUGGAGCUGGAGAAUACUACCUCCGUGAGGCUGACUUUUGGACAUGCGGCUUCUUCCCGGGUACCCUCUACACAAUGCUCGAGCGAUCUGUGAGGUUUCCCCAGAGUCUCAAUAUUCUAGCGCAAAACAUCGACCUUCAGCUAUUCCGCGAAGAACUGUUGAGGCUUUGCAGAAUAUGGUCGGAUCCACUCUAUUAUAUGGCAAACCGCACAGAUACCCACGAUAUUGGUUUCAUCAUUAUGCCCGCUCUUCGUCUUGACUGGGAAUUGAGUGGAAAUCAACGAAGCCUUGAUACCAUCAUUUGUGCCGCAAGGAGCCUCGCCAGCCGAUAUGUGCCUUCGGCCAGGGCAAUCAGAAGCUGGGAUCUUAUCAGGAAGAAGGAUAUCGAAAUCUUGUCUAUGGAAGAUAACCUGAUCCUAAUCAUUGAUAGCCUGUGUAACCUGGAUCUUCUGUAUUAUGCCGCCUCACAUUCUGUUGAGGACAGAGGUCUUCGUGACCUGGCGACCGAGCAUGCAACCACACUUCUAAAAACCCAUCUUCGUCUAGAGUCGACAGCCCUCGGAACCAAAGACAUUUACACUGGUCAUUGGUACUCAACCUGUCAUGUGGCCAAUCUGGAUCCAAAAACUGGGGCGAUCAAACAGCGACUUACAGCACAAGGAUAUUCUGAUGACAGCACGUGGGCUAGAGGACAGUCGUGGGCCAUCUUAGGCUAUGCACAGACAUAUAUGUGGACCAAGGAUGAGAAGUUCCUACACGCAGCUUGUGGUUGCGCAGAAUACUUUAUCCACAGACUCGAGACAUCACCUUCAAGUGUAGAAGGGCCGGGCUCGCGUAGCGGAGAGUCAACGAAGGGACACUAUACUCCUCUUUGGGACUUUGACGCGCCAAUCUAUGACCCAACCAAUAUUACUCCCUCACUCAGAGACUCUUCUUCAGGGAUGAUCGCUGCCAACGGGAUGCUUAUCAUAUCGCAAGCAUUAGCAGCUCUGAAUCAGGACACGUUAGCUGCCAGGUUUCGCAGGGUUGCAAUGGAAAUCACUGAUGACAUACUUGACUUCGCGCUUGCUGAAGAAAAAGCUCAAAUCAUCGAGUGUGGGGCGACAUCUAUUAUAGUCAAUGAUGUGGUACCGGGACAGAACUUCGAAGGAAUCCUCAAAUUUGGUACAGCCAAUAACAACGCAAACGCUAGAAAGCGCUAUGCUAACCACGCAUUGGUUUACGGUGAUUACUACCUGGUUGAGUUUGGAAAUCAACUUCUGAGAAUGGGCCUGUCGUAG